ACACAAAGCCCACAGGCUGUAUAUAUGCUCAGGUAUGUCGAGUUUGAGCCAAAGCCGAGAGGUGCUUAUCGGUUAAAGGUCGUAGUAGUUUUUUUUUCUUACAUACAUGUAAUCAGCCGGUCUGUUCCAGCAUCAGGAAGUACUUUGAGGAAGUAGUUAGCUGCCGUGUUUGAGUGACAGCUGUGCGGUGGUGACAGCCCACACGGGACGACGGCAGCCCGCAGAGCCGAGCCGAGACUCAAGAUGGCAGGUAAUGGCACUUUUUAAACACUAUUUUCUCCUAUACUUCCGUGUCUUCUUGGAACUUAAAAGCAGUAUUUUACUCAUGAGGGUCUUAUUACUUAAAAUCGCGGGCCUUGCUUCACAUAAAUGUGUUUUUCUCAGACCAAGUGCUGCCAAGUCGAGCGAAAGGGCUGGACAAGCCGUGUUAGCAAACUUAGCACCGCUAGCCAGCCAAGCUAACGAAGGCUACUCCGGGGUAUCGAAAUGUGUGACUCCGAGGCUGCAUUUUAAAGCAUUGUUGUUCAGUAUAUGUUGAUGAGGUUUAAUAGUAAGUGUUUAGUGAAGUUAGACAACAUAUUUUGCAUUCAGUGGCGUUUAUUUCCGAACUGUUGCCAUAGCAAAAGGGUAGCGAGUUGACCUAGCUAACGUUAGCCCAGUUGCUAAAGUCAUUUUCAGCCAUAAGCUGACCAAAUCCUCCUUUAUACCACAACAAAGGGGAGAUGUUGUUCUUGGCCAACAUGCUUUUGGGGGCGUUGUUCAACCACCCGCAAUUAUAUUUCCUCCACACAUAAUUCCUGAUUUAAUUCACCGUUUCACAGCAGAUUGUUGUGUCUUAUAUUUCCUACACAUUCCCCUGCCUCCCCAGCUGUAAACACAGGCUCACAAACCACAUGCUUCUCCUCCUCACAGGAUCUCUUUCUGGGCUCUUCCCAUGACUAUUAUACUCUGAGUUAUUGUCCCUUAGUUAGGACUGGGUGGCAUUGGAGAGAAAUCAGAUAAUAGUGUGUGUUUUGAUCUUAGAAAACGUGAGUCUUUGUAAUAAAUCUCAUUAAAGGGGCAGUUUGUGUUUAUCAAACAGGACUGUGAGGAUAUACGACAUUAUAGGGCUUUGUUUUGUUUUGGAUCUACUAUUAGUUCCAACAAAAUAUGCAGUAACUCCUCUUUCUGGGGUCCUUACCUUCUUUUCCAUUUUCAUUUUUAACUUAUAAGACAUAUACUUACAGACAUGACACUUACAUAACACUCAUUCUACACUUCAUUCAUACAUUCGCUCUUAUUCGCAUUUGCUUGUUGAAAAAUAAACCAAUACAUAAAUAAAGACGAAGAAAGAAAAGUGAACAACAGAACUUAUUUUAGGGAUCACAAGAAAACAUAAUCCAUGAGAGAGAAGAGCUGAACUCAAUUUGAUUCAUGGUACUCCAUAUGUAAACAAAUACACCUUUAAUUGUUCAUUAAAGCAACAUCUGUUAAUGUUUGAAAUUCAAAAGUUAGGUUAUAAAUUCCAUCAUUGCUCUGUAGUGGAAAGUCCUUUUUUAUUGCCCCUGUUCUGUCCUCUGAUGCCUACCAGACCCUGGGCAUUUUACGGUCGAGGGACACAUCCGGCCCUUUGGAUGUCCCUGCCAGGCCCUUCGUGGGGUCUGUCAAUCAAGUCAUCAACAUGCUAUAAAAGUGUGUUGCUUUUAUUUUGAAAUCCUAGCCGUUGUUUUAUUUCCGUUUGGACACACAUAUGUGUACAUCCUAGAUCUGCAUUCGUGAACAGAGACAAGUUUAAACAUCAGCAAAAUAUUCGUAGACGCCUUAAAGUCGCCAAGUCCGCUUAUUAUAAACGACUUUAAGCUUGUUUCGCUCAGAAGUCGCUUUUAAAACUCAUGAGUUGGAGGCGCGCUUUUUUUGGGGGGCUUCUUUUAAACUAGAAGUUGCUUAUUUGGGUUUACUUUCUGUAUUUGUGAACCCCCCGAUUUGAAGUUGAAGUUAUUGUUGCUUCCGCCCUCCAACACUGUUCAGAUUUCUCAUGUGGCCUCAUGUAAAAAUUAAUUGCCCACCCCUGUACUAUACUGAUGUCCCUCAGUACUUCUGGGACUCUGGUUAAAAAAUACUUUUUCGGAAAGACACCAAUAGGUAAUGCAAUUUACAUUUAACAUUUCACCAGAUUAAUUGAUUAUGCAUUGCUAUGCUACUUGUUCUAUAGGGACAAUUUAGUGCUAUUCAAACUGCUUUAUUUUGUACUAUUUGUAGCUUGUGUAAAUUACUUUGUGUUGCACAGUAUUCUAAGUGUGAAAGCACAAGUGCCUGCAUUAUUUGUUUGAUCAUGUUGAGUUAGUACCUGUUAUGUAGUUUGCCUAUCCAACUGUAAAUUUAUUGCCUAAAAUAUCAGUUACAUGAAGGAGUCAAGCUGAAUACAAAUAAUACUUUCACUUCAAGUUUCUGGUUGAACAGAGAAAUACUGUGUAGGACAGCAUCAUCUUGAGAAAAACAGGGUUGUCUUAUGUCCAGCCUUAAAAUUGUGAUUAAGUGUCUGAUUUCUCUGUUACAUCAACCAGCCAUUACAUCAUGAACACCUGGACAACCUUAUAUAAUCCAUUCCUACAGCUAUACCAUGAACUCUACUUUCAUGGAGCUUCUGAAUUCUUAGUUUUUGUUGACUUGGUCAGACAAAUGGAGAUUAUACUUUAUAUUAACUACUGAAGACACAGCGAGUGUUGGUGGUUUACUGAAGUAGGCUAUAUUGAAAGAUGAGAUAAACAAUAGAAACAUACCCAUGCUUAUAAACGAGAGCAUUUAUGAGAAUAAAUGCAGCCUAACAUCAGGCAAACGCCAAUAAAAGAAAUAAAAGAUGUUUGUUCAUCCACCAAAAUUACUUGUAGCAUAUCGCAUUGCUACCGAGGAGUUUUUCUAAUUGGAAAGAAAUAAACAAACUAAAACAGAAGUGCUGAAUCAAGUGGAAAAUAUCAGGUUUACAUUUUUCUUUGUCAUGUUUUGGUGUCUUCCUUUUAUUUCACAGGUGAUGUAACGUUACUGCUCUGCAUUUUCAGUGUUUCCACAGUGAUUUAUUGUCUGAUUGAAGCAGACUUUGUCCCCUCUUAGUAAUUGUCCGCCUGUAAAACCUGCCAAACCCACAGCUCCUUUCAUUUUGUAGGGGGAGUGGUCAUGUUGAGACUGACGGUAUGUUGAUGACAUGUUUGUCGCAAUGGAUUCCCCCUCUAAUCGCCUUAUCCUUGCAGGUCUAUCUUUAUACUUUGAAGAUGGCCAUGAUGAUUUGGACGACUGUGAGUAUUCUGGUUUUCCUUUUGUUCUAAAACAUAAACAUGUCAAACAACUUUGUGGACGGACAAUUUAACUUAUUGCAAAUAUGUGAGGCUAUGUUUACUAUGUUUGUGGAAGUGUCAUCUUUCUUGGCAGCCCGGCUUGUCUGUGUGAAAUUUAGAGCUGUCAACGGCAUUUCAGGGUCUAACGCUAUGCUAUUAUUAGCGUUUAUAUAGACCAGCAGUCCCUGUUGUGUGCAUUAGUUGGGGCGAUGAAACAGUGUUAAGAUCCAGCUGCAAAGCCAGUGUGUAUUUAUGGCUGGAAAAUGAAAUGGAACAAACCAUUAGACAUUAGCCUUUCUGCUUUGUUCACACAUUCAGUCUGACUCAGUAUCUUCAGCGUGGCACAGUGAUUAUUACUGUGGUGCAUCUGCCAGUCCUCACUCAAAUGUUGUGUUUUUAUAAGCUGGCAUUAACUGUGUGUUUCAACAAGUUUCCAGCCUGCAUGCUUAUAAAAUGAUCUCUUCUCUAUUCUGCAGUCGGAUUCGAUGACUAUGGUUCAGAGUGCGACGGCAUCCGCAUCACAGCCUUCCUCGAUGCGGGGCAGGACAACCUCACUCCUUUGGGGAGGCUAGAAAAAUACGCCUUCAGUGAGAAUGUCUUCAACAGGUAAGAGGAGUUCUGCUGUCAACCCGACCCAGAAAUCAGACAAUGGGAUGUUUGAGUGGUUUCAGAGACACGUGGACAUCAUGUAAGGGCAGAAGAUGUAUUUUAAUGCGCUUUUAAGAAUGAUGUCCUUAUAGAAACUCGCCUUCGGCUCUCACAUGUUGAAAGGUGAUAAAAACAGAUCAUGUCACGAGCAGACAGGACACACUGCUGCACAUUCAGAUGAAAAAAGCAACACUACUCCUGGUACUAAAUGGUAAAGCUUGAAUCAGUGUUUAAUAAACAAGAAUAAAGCGACGUGUGCAGGUGGCAGGCAGACAUCAAACAAGUCAUUCUCCUCAUUAGUCUUUUUGCAGCUGAUUUUGCUGCUGGUGUUUAAAGAGAAGAGCCAAAACCAAUGGUUUAUGGUGGUUACUGCUUUCUAAAGUAAAAGUAUUUCUAAAAAGUUCAAGUUCUAGAAAGCACAGACACGUAUUAAUUACCAGAAUCAUACUUGAAAUCAGCUACUGACUGUUACUUUAGUGAUGUCGAUCAGUUUUUGCGUGUCAACAGAAGUGUGUCGGAUCUGCAGCAGAUUAACGUGACCUCAUGUCGAGGAUUCGUGUCAAAAUUAUUUUGCCAUCUCGGGCGGUUAAUACCAUGAAGGAAACAUCUGCAACCAAGUGGAAAUUAGUGUCAAGGAAACAUCUGCGAAAUGACACAGAUAUGUUGAAAAACCGAUGACAAAAUGCUGCCAUGUUUUCAUAUGAAGUUUAAAUGACAGAAUUUUUAAAUGUGACAGAAAUGAAGUUUUGCAGUUUUUGCUGUACUGACAAAAUUCUCAGGUGGGGUGUGAUUUUACACAACCGCACAUAAUUAAAAAUUUUGACUGCACAUUUCUAAAAGCUUCAUGUAAAUGGGACUGAGUAAACUAUGUGAUAAACUUCACAUGGAAAAGUCGGGAUGCUGGUUCAACACAUUGUUCCAUCUCGGUGUGUUUCUUUCAUAGUCAUCUGGGUAACGUCUGCAUUCCUCUGUAUUUACUAAUCACAUAUCUGCUUUAACUCUGCAGUUCAAGAAUGCCAUCAGACUUAACGUUGAGCCAGGGGUGGAUGGUAUCUGUCUGAACAUGGCAUUUGUUUGACAGUGCUACUCCUAGCCUCUCACUGUUUCCGACUUAGAUCAGACUGGAGUUUGUGAACUUUUUCCAGGGAUUGAAAUGUGAUUAUUGAUGCGGUACUUUCAGUGGAGUGAGCAGUAUGUAAGAGGCAGAUAUAGCCUCUCUAAUACCUCAACAAACAUGUUUAGUUCCUGUCCUCAUGCUUUUCAUGCUCAGCUCUGCAGGGUUCAAGCCCUCCUGUCAUCUCCAGGCACAUGUGUGUGUGCGUGUUUGUGUCUGAGCUCUUAACUCUUGUAGGUAUUGGCAGGCAUUCUACCAACUUGACGCUUCUAUUGCUUUCUAGGCAAAUCGUGGCUCGUGGCCUGCUUGAUGUGCUUCGAGAGUUCAGUGACAAUGAAAAUGACUUUAUCAGUGUCAUGGAGACAGUUGCCAGAAUGUCAGAAGAUGGAGGUAGAUGAACUUUCUUUUUCAUUAAAUAGCCACGAUGUCUCUGGAUAAAUGUGUACUUCUUGACUAUGUGGGGUAUUGUUGUUAAUCGUUGGUGGCUUGGGGAUAACACUCACACUGUAAUGCACGUAUAUCAUGUUUGUACUGUCGCUUACUUUCUAAUGUGUUCACACAGAGCCCACAGUACGAGCUGAACUGAUGGAGCAGGUCCCCAACAUUGCCAUGUUCUUACAUGAAAGUCGGCCCAACUUCCCCGCUGCUUUCUCAAGAUACUUGGUUCCCAUUGUAGUCCGAUAUCUCACUGAUCCAAAUAAUCAGGUAGGUUCAGCCUGAUGCCCUUUUCCGUGUAGAUGUCCACAAUGAGAGCCCAGUCAGUACUUCAUUUUUCACAUCAAAACUUUAAACCCCUCUAUCUUCUCCAGGUGCGAAAGACCAGCCAGGCGGCGCUGCUCGUUCUGUUGGAGCAGGGCCUGAUUUCUAAAGCCGAUAUGGAGACCAAAGUUUGUCCAGUUCUGCUUGAACUCACAGAACCCAGCAGUGACGACGACUACAAAAUCGAAGCAGUUGCGGUAAGAUUUCAAAGAAAUUUAAUAAAGCUACAGAUAUUUAUUUACGGGCUGAUUCCACUGAAAACCGCAUAGCUCUAGACAAACUGCCACUAAACUACUGGCAAAGCGAGUCUCUUUUAUUUACUCAACUGUGAUCAGUCAGUGUCUGUAUCUAAUCCAGUCACCAGUCAGAAAUAAAAAUGGCCUUUAAAUUGACGGUACAUGAUUGAUGCCGGCAGAGAUUGUGUUUUUAGAUUAGAUCAACUGUAAUACAUCAUGUUUUAUGAAACUGUCAUUAUUUUAAAAGCUAAACAUUGAGUUUGAUUGAGAUUUAUGUUCCACUGUAUCAAAAAUUCAUUUACUUUCAUUGGAGUCUGGUGUCUAAUUCAUCCAUCCAGAUCAGUUUUUUCAUCAGUAAACACCUCCUCAUCACUCUCUCCAUGUUCCUUUCCUCACAGAUCAUGUGUAAAGUUGUCACCAUGUUGAGCAAAGACACAGUGGAGCAUCUGCUGCUACCACGCUUCUGCGACCUGUGCAGUGACGUCAGACUCUUUCAAGUCCGCAAGGUAACACCCUCAAAACUGUUUUCAUUUACUCUAAAUAGCACAAAAAAUCUGUUUCAGGCUUCAGGUCCAGAAAUAUAUGUGACCCAGAGUUUAAGAAGGUGUCAUAAGAGAUAAAAUCAUCGGCUCUCUGCAUCAGUCUGAACUCUGCGUUGUUUUCUGUGAGGACUGCAGUUGGCUUAACUGAACUUCUUCUAAAAGUCUUCCUCUAACUAUCUGACUCUCUCACUUUCUUGUAAUCCUCUUUUUUUUUCCUUGGAAGCUGCUCUUUAAAGUUCAUUGUGUAUUUUUGCUGUUGUUGCCCAGGGCAGCAGUCUCAAUAGUUGUAUAAUCCCUGAUUACCAUUCUGUGAGUCAUCGGAGAUGCGACUUAUCAGGCAAUUGUGCAAUAGAACUACAACCAAACAUAUUAAGUUUAUUGCAGCUCUGUCAUCUAUUGAAAAUAUUGUACUAACAGUAAAUUAAAAUCAAUAUUUCUAUCAACAAAUAUUUGUGUUCAAACUGCAAGUUAAAAAUGAGAUGAAGAAUGAGAUGAAGAAUUUUCAUCUUUUAGAAACGGAGAUAAAUUUGAUAAUCAGUGGUUUGAAAUGACGUCAGUUUAGUGUAGCUUGAUUCUAAUACAACUCCAGAUGGCAGACAGUUUGGGACUUUCCUAUUUGAUAUGGAAAUUAAAUUUAUAAGGUCAUGGGAAUACAGCAGGGAAAAGAUGCUGACCGCCCUCAAGACAAAGACAACAAACACACAAAGAGUGAGAAACUGAAGACAAAAGUGACGAUGACAGAAGAGCAAAAAAACAUUACUUGAAUGUUUAAAUACUUCAUCGUUAGGGCUGCACGAUUAAUCAAUUUAGAAUCACAAUCGGAUAAUUUGAUUAUGACGAUGUAAAAAAAAUUAAAAUCCUCAAAUUGAUUUUCCUCUCUAUCAUGUCUCGCGCCUCCAGGCCACCAUAGGCUCUCCCUUCUCCCCAGUUCCCACACACACCAGUGUAAACAAACAUGGCGUUUGCAAAAGAAGGCGAUAAUUUCGUGCCUAAAUAGGACAAGAACAAGUCAGUCGUGUUGAAUUGGUACGACUUCACAGUUUCAGAUGAAGAGCAAACCACUCCCCACUACAAAGUCUGUCUGAAAGCGGUAUCAACCCGUCACCACGGAAACAAAUUCAGGAGUAAAUGCAAAAGUUUUUUGUCAUAUCGGCGUUUCAUCCACACGGAAACGGCGUUUCAGGUGACUGUAAACGGUGCUUUUUGAAAACGGGUCAGAGAGUGAAUAAAUCUGUAAACGACGACCAUUUCAUCUCCGUGUGGAUGUCUAUCUGCAUCUCUGGAAAAGAUCAUGUGACACACAGCGUAACUCUUUGAUGGCGCCUGCGAGUGUCCGUUUUAUUAUUAAAGUGAAGUUUGGUGAAGUCGUCACUGAAUAAAAAUUGGAAUUGAAAAUCAAGUUUUGAGAGAAAAAAAAACAGGAUUUUAUUUUUGGCUGAAAUCAUUCAGCUCUACUUCAUUGAUAUAAGAACUACUAUCUCUAGUUGUCAAGUUUUCAUUGAUGAGAGUUUGUUUGAGUACAUAACAGUUUGAGGGUGAUAACAAACAUUCUUGUUGUUUAUUUGACCUGAGCGUUUGCUUUGUGGAUUGUCAUAUUUGUUUUUGUGUCUUUCAGGUUUGUGCUGCUAACUUUGGGGAGUUUUGUUCAAUCGUGGGUCAGGAGGCCACAGAAAAACUACUGGUGAGAAGCUUUGUGUUUACUUUGACACAAACAUCAAACUGUGUGUGUGAGGUAUAAUUUAACCCACCAACGAUGAUCUGAGAAGACGCCCAUAUCUGUACAUUUAAUGAGUUGAAACCUGUCAGUGCUGCAAGCAAGACAGAUCACAACUUUGACAACCGUUAACAGUGUGAUUAUGUAACACUGGUGUCCUUCUUAGGACAGCUGAGUGUUGUUUAAGCGCUUUUAAUGGUUAAAGUGCCUAACCAUAUGUUUUUCUUUCCAUAAAUACCACCAGAGUUUCCUCGUGCGCCUGCUGCUGCUGUCACAGUUCAAAAGUUCAGUGUUUAUCUAAAGUCACCCUGACUUUGUUCUGUGUUUUUUUUCAUACAGAUGCCUAAGUUCUUCGACCUCUGCUCAGACAGUUUGUGGGGCAUCAGGAAAGCGUGCGCCGAGUGCUUCAUGAUGGUCUCCAACUCCACCUCUCCGGAGGUGCGACGUGCAAAACUGUCCCCACUGUUUAUCAGCCUCAUCAGUGACCAGUCCCGCUGGGUAAGGCAUUAACACACACACACGCACACAUGCACAGAUGCUCAAACUCCGUGACCCACACAAGAGUAAAAAUGUCAUUUAUUCAUUUGCAUAAUAUUAGAAGCACAUCGAUGUCUAGUAACUUCCUCUAAGCAGCUGUUUCGUUUCUCGGCUGCACUGUAUCGUCAUCUUGUUCCUGAUUUCGAACACUGAGUCUAAUUUUGAUUCAGUCUUUGUUUUACACAUCAAACUGUUAGAAUAAAAAAAAAUGUUAAUUUUGUUCUGUUUAUGUAAAAAGUUCAAAUUCAUGAGUAAAACAACGGAGGAUCUGGGGAUGUGUUUUGUAAUUAUUUAUACUUUCAUGCAUCAUCAAAUCCAUACCUCCUUGAUUGUGCUAUAUUUAAUAUAAUUUUCUCUUUUUUAAAUAUGUUGUUCAUGUGAUAGCUGUUGCAUUUAUGGCAGAUUGAUUUCUACACAUUCCCAAACCACGUACAAAAAGUGAGGCAGAACUAAACAAAAACACGCAAGUUUAAGGAAAUUUGGCAAGCUGUAAAAAUCUGGAACAUUAUGAGGCAACUUUAGAGACACACAAUAAAGCUCUUACACCCGGGACAGGCCUGUAUAUUUGUUAAAUACGCAACUGCUGUGUAAGUCACUGUUUGUCCUGUUGUGCAAAAAAGGCAGUUUAUCUCUGUUUGAGUCUUAAAAGGUUUUAAAAACAGGGUAUCUGCGGGGUCUUAAAAAAUCUCAAAACGUCUCAAAUCUAAUGUGUUGAAUUUAAAGUCUUAAAAAGUCUAAAAUUCUCUUAAAAUCUCAUAAAAUGUCUUCAAUGCGAUUUUAAAGGUCUUAAAAACGGGGUAUCCUUGGGGUCUUAAAAGUAUUAAAACGUCAAAAAUUUGAGGCCUUACAAUGUCUAAAAUUCUCUUAAAAAUAAAAUGUCUUUAACACGACUUUUAGGGUCUUAAAAAUGGGGUAUCCUCGGGGUCUUAAAAAGUUUUUACGAUGUCUAAAAUCUAAUAUUUUGAAUUUGAGGCCUUAAAAUGUCUUAAAUUUUCUCAAAAUCUCAAAAAAUGUAUUAAAUACGACUCUAAAAGGUCUUAAAAAUAUAUUAACUCGUGCCAUAGGAAUAAAGAUUGAUUUGAAGUAAUGUGAAAUGUUCCUAUUUUUCUUCGUCUUCUGUGCUUUUCUGCCAGUAUGGAUGUUAAGUUGUGUUCAUUACAGUCUUUAAAAAGUCUUAAAAAGUCUUAAAUUCGAUUCGUUGAAACCUGCAGAAACCUGGUAAAAACACUUAAAUGCGAUUAUUCAGAUGCGUGCAGGAGAGAUGUCGGUGAUGGUUUCAGAGCGCCCGCAGUCUCAAGUGUGAGGUGUAUUUUCAGCUUCAGUGUGGGUCUAUGUGUUGUACGUUUGGCAUCUACCCAUGCCCAUGAGGGUCCAUAUAUAGUUUCUCAAACAGCUCGAGACAAUAAACAAGUUUGAUCUUGUCUGUAUGCAGACACUAACCCCCUAUAAACAGAUCUGUACUGUCUGUGUCUGUGAACUGUUUUGGAUCACGUCUACGCAGUAAAAUGCUGCCCAGUGAAGAUAAUCUCGUCAUAAACAGUCGGAGGUAGUUUUCUGUUCGAGGUGUGAUAAAUCUGGUUGUUGAUAAUGAAACUGACUGGUUCCCCUCUGCCCCUCCUGUAGGUGCGACAGGCUGCCUUUCAGUCUCUAGGACGUUUUAUUUCUACAUUUGCCAAUCCCUCCAGCACAGGCCUUCACUUCAGAGAGGACGGGGCUCUACUAGAGGUGCCCAGGUGUACAUUAGACAGGUAAGUGUCAUCCUCUGUCCUUCUUCUUUAUGGGAAUAUAAGGUGUCAUAUAAAUGUCAUAUAAGGUGUGUUGUGACGUCUGUAUGCUCUGACAAUCAUCCGUACAUCACUGUGAGGAUUAAGUAUUGCCUCACUGGUCCCAGUUCUUUGGGUGUGAUCAGGUCGGACCAGUUUUUCUUUUUGUCGAGAAGUUCAUCUGCAUGUCAGCGAUGUGAAAGGACUUGAAGAUGACACAGAUGUGUUUUUCACAGAGUCUUUAACCUCCGAAGUCAGGAAACCUUUUUAAAGGGAAGCUUUGAAGAGUUCAUGUUUGCCUUUGUUGCCUUAAUUUCUAGGGGUGUUCCAAUAGGAGUACCUCAUGAUUCAAUUAGAUUUCGAUUGAAGGAGCUUUGAUUUUAAUGAUUGUCCAUUUGAUCAUUGGUGACAUGAUUCUUCCAUUGUUUCCAUUUUUGAUGUUUUUUCCCAUACAAGAUUGAUUUUGUCUUCAUCUGUGUCCACAUUGGACACAAAAUAUUUUAUUUUAUUACCGAAUGACUGUUAGGUAAACGUUUGCAAUUUGACCUACUUAACUUAAACUGGGAAGUUUGGAGACAGUCUCCAGGACGGUCCUCUACGACCGGAGGAGCCUUCUCUGUUUUGGGAUGAAAUCGUACAAAGUGCUGCCUCAUGUUUGUGGUGUUUCUGAGGUCAUUUAAAAUGCAAAUCUUGCGUAGGUCUUGUAAGUCGUCUUGUUUUCAUUGGUUGCAGUCAAUCCUGGUGGCGAGAGAAUCGGCCGCUCUUUAGCAAAGAAACCAACGCGCUCUGUUUGUUGUGGUCCCACUCACUAAACAGUCUGGACGCCGCAUGCGUUAAGAUUCCGGUUACGUGUUUUUUUUGUUCCGACCUUGCGACAAAGCGUCGUCAUUAUUAUUUAUUUAUUUUAAGCGUCAACAUGAAUUAAUCGAUGUCGACACAUCAAUGAAUUGCACCCAUCUCUAUUGAUUUCUAGUUUUAUGUUUUGAAGUCAUUUUUUUCAUGUAAACAUUAUGUAAACGUUAUGUUCCUGUCGUUUCAGCGACUGCUCCCUGAACUCUCUGAACUGCUCCGACAUCAGCAGCUGCCACACAGAAAGGACCAUCACCCACACGCCUCCCAAUCAGGACGGGCGCGCCACCCCUUCCCCAGAGCAUGUGUCGACCGCCGACAACGACGAUAUGCACAACUAUGAAGACAACCACGCUUCAGUCCCCCGAGAGAUGCACAGCAGCUUCACCCACACGAUCUCCAACAGCAACACCAGCCCCAGAACCACAAACAACACGAGGAACACAAAAGAAACUGAGCAGAUGGACGAGAACUUUAACUCCUUCCAUUACUGGAGGUCGCCUUUACCGGACAUCAGCGGCGAACUCGAAAUGCUUAGUUGUCAAACGCCAGCGGAAGUAGCAGAGAGAGAGGAGAAGGAGGAGGAAGAGCAGGAGGAGAAAUAUGAAGGCAGUUGUCCUGAUUCAAAAUCCAGCCCGGGCAAAGCUACGAGUGACCAGAUCCAGAAGGUCUUAGACUGUCUGCAGCCUCACAUGGACGACCCUGAUGUACAAGGUGAGGAUUCGAAGAGAGAACUGAAGCCACAAGAUGCAGAACUUGAUUUGUAUUGUCAUGUAGACUGAGUUGUGUUUGUAUGUUCAGCUCAAGUCCAGGUGCUGUCAGCAGCUCUGAAGGCGGCACAGCUCGACAGUCCUGUAGACGACAGUCCAGCAGAGCCCACAGACCAGCCUGAACCCCAGCCCAAAGAACAGCCCGAGAGUGACGUGGAGAGCCCGUCUGUGGAGAGCAAGUCGGUGGAGGUCCAGUCAGAAAGCGAAGAGAGUCCCGUAGAAGAGGAACAGACGAUGGAAACAUCUCCAUCCUCAGAGUCCAGUCCAGUCCAGGAGCAAGGAGACGAGGAGACGCAGACUGAGCCACUGGAGGACCAAGAAGAGUCUCCUCCUGACUCCCCCAUCCCUGUAAGACCCUGAAAGUCUUACUUAUAAAAGAGUCUUGUUAGCGAUUAUUCAAUAUCAUUUAAAUGUCUAACAGUAGACGCUCACUCACUCAGGCUGGAGUGGGUGUAUUUUGAUCAGAUUUGGCUGUCAUGGGGCCUGCAAAACAAGCGAAAAUUCAACAACUGUCAUAAGAUUUAGAUUCAGGUCCACAAUCUGAACAGUCCUUAUCUAAAUCCUUUCCAGGAAAAAAAGAAACAGAGCAGCUCUUUUGUUCCUGACUUGGCAUCUCUGUAGAUCAGGGCUUCACUUCCAGGCUCCACAUGACUCCUUUUAAUGGUUUCUCUAAAAUGUUGAAAAAGGUCGGAGAUGCUGAAAAGUGUGUCCUAAAGCAAAAAAAUAGCUUUUUAAAUGUCUGCAACCACAGUUUAUUCAAUAAACUAUGGAGGCAGGUGAUAAAAAACACAUUUGAGUUUUUAAGGAAUUUAUAAUCAAGAACAAAACUCGUAUUAUUAUCUAUUGAUCAGGAUGUUUAAUAGCAUCAUUCAUCAAAGAUGUAACCUGAGGCAGUGAAAAAGAAAGCUCCUUUAAAGAGUGAUAAGAAAUAUUGAAGUUGUUUUUAUCUCUAAUGCAUCUUCAGGUCUCUGGGCUCUUUCCUGUUUUUUUACCCUGUUUUUGAUUUUCUUCCCAGGAGUCUGAACUAAUUGAAAGUGUGGAGGAGGAAGGAAAGGAAGACUCUCCGCACAGCCCGGUGUCUGAGGACCGGCCGAAGAUCCAGGUCAGUCCAGUCAGCAACUCAUCUCAAACACACUGCUUUUAUUGAUCCGGACCUCAAUGUAAAUAUUGAUCAGUACAAACGUGGAUUAUUGAACAGCUCUGCUCCUCUUUAAUCUUUAAUCUCUCUCCGUCUGCAGAAUGUCAUCCCCCAGCAGCUUCUGGAUCAGUACCUCUCCAUGACGGACCCCGCCCGCGCUCAGACGGUGGAUACAGAGAUAGCCAAACACUGUGCCUUCAGCCUGCCGGGGGUGGCGCUUACUCUAGGACGGCAGAACUGGCACUGCCUCAAGGACACAUAUGAAACACUCGCUACUGAUGUGCAGGUAGGCGGAGAGGCGGAAUUAAAUAAAGAGGGUCUGCGGAGAUUACAUUUUCUGUUUCACUCCAUAAAACAGUAAUGUACGCAGAUAUUUGAGCUUUGAAACUUUGAUGUAAAGCUCAGAAUAAUCGUAUUAUUUAGCUUCAGGAUAAGUUAGGAUCAUAGAGAUGUGUUUGAAAUCAAAGCCAAAACACAAACGAUAAACAGCUGAGUAAGCAGCAGUUAUUUAUCGACUGAAAAACCCGCUGCAGGGGAGGUGAUGAUGUUGACUUCACACAGGCUUUCUUGAAUUCCCUCAGGAGUUAUCUUUCAUGGUAAACAGAUGAUUAAUAUUUCACUCUUAUUGGAUAAAUGUACAGUUUUAGUUCCAAAGCCUAAUUACACUCUUUAGUUUUAUUUUGUUUUACAGAAGUACACAAGAGACUAAUACUAAUCUUUAAAUUAUGCACUCUUUCUGUUUAAUAUUUGACAUAUUUAAUUGCGAGUAUUCCCUCUAUCUGAGUCUCUUUGACACUUAAAUAUUUCUCACUGACUGAAAGUGUCUUAUCUUUCUCAAAGUUGGUGCAGUGCUCCCACAGCGCCACCAUUUUCUUUCACGUGUUACCGUGAAAACAAAUGGGAGUUUGUUCAACCGGUGACUUCUUCUCUGAAUCACCGGUCAGGUGUCUCAGCUUGCCAGCGUUAAAUUGAUGCAAUAAAGAUAAGAUGUGGUAGGACUGAGAUAAACAUUUGCUACUGACAUCGGUGUGUGACACGUAAUUUAGGCUGAUAUUUAACAACAGGUGACGAAAGGCCAUUAUGGAUGUUCAAACCUUACAAGAGGAAAUCAGAAACACUGAAAUGACUUCGAUCGGUUCACAUAUAAAUCGUAUGUUUCAGGCUUUGUCUUUGGUUGUGGCACAGAUUGUCUUAGAGGUAUUUUAUCGAGACUAAAGUAAGUUUCUCUUGCUGUUCGGGGCAAACAUGAUCAAGUUUGAUUUAGUCUAUUAAAUGGAUAAAGCAGGGAAGCUGGGCGAUCGAUCAAGUUUCAAUUUCAAUUCUGGGUCCCCAUAAUAGAGACUGACUGAUUCUGUGCCACCUGUUCUCUUGAGCUCACAUCCAUGUGCUACAGAGUUUGGCUACACAGUUCAGUGUUUCCCAUUGGUGAGGAAUCUAUCUGUGGUGGUGUGUGAUUUUUGGGGGGCGGCUCAUUAAAUCAGCUGUGUGUUAACAUAUGACAACUCGGAACUUGCUAAUGCUAAUACUCAGCACGUGCGCCCCACGGUGCAGCCCGUGUGUGCCACAUAUAGUGAUUCAUAUUGAGUCCGAGGUAGCACGUAAAAAAACUUUAUUGUUGAGGUGUGGCGGCUUUGUUUAACCACAGCGGUGCGCCAUUACAUGUAGGAGAAACCCUGCAGUUGAUGUCGAAUAGACAAGCCUGAUCCGCCCACAGCUCCACUUUCCGCUCCUUUUUUAUCGGCAGUAAUUCUUCAUACAUUCUUGUUCUUCUUUUAACUGUCAGGUUUCCUUCUCCAUUUUUGUCAGAGCUUAUCUAUUGGUUGUUGGUUGUAACGUCACUGUGACUUGCGAUAAUAUCAAAAAUGUUUGAUAUUAUCGCAAACUCAAGACUAGGAAAAGACUGAUAUCAAACAGCGCAGAUCACCACCUUAAACUUAACAAUCAAGAUGACGGGAGCACGCUGUGACUUCAGAAAAACUCCAAGAUUUACUUCAGACUUUCAGUUUUUAGUCUGGGAUUGUGAAAGAGAGGAGAGCAGGAGUGUGUCUGAAAGCCAAAGGACGGCAGAGAGGAGGUGGUGAUCAUGAGCAAACCUACAGUGGCAUCAGUCCAUAUCAUGAUAAAAUCAGUCCUAAUUCUUGAUGUUACAAAGACUCAGGCUGGAAAAGGUUGGAUGUUAUGUUGGAGUCCGGUAUAGAAGUGUGUGAGUGUCUCUCAGCCUUCUUACUGAGAUACUCUGUACUGUCUGUUUAGGGAUGUCCUUCACUCGCCUUGCGUAACACCUGUUGUAAUGAACGUGUUGCUUGAGGAGGCGUGAAAGAGGUAGAAAUGUGUGAAAGGAAACGUUACAGCAGAGAGAGAGAGAAAGAGAGAGAAAGAGAGAGAAAGAGAGAGUGUGUGUGACAGCUUUCAGUCACACUGCUGCUCAUGACUUCAUUGCAGCACUGAGGGUCACUGUCAGCAUGACAACGCUUCUCUGUUCAGAGCGGUCACAGGAGGGGUUCAAAUCGAUGUCAUGUGAUGUGUGUAACAUUGUUUUCAGUCAUGUAGGUAUGAUUAAAUUCACGGCUAAAUCAGUUACUGUCUAUAGGUGGAGCGAGUAUCUUGUUAGUUAAUUUACGAGUUUAAGUGUUGUUGUUUUUUUACACAGGUUCUUAUGAGUAUUUUCUUGUUUCUUUCACGGUAAAUUGAACAUCCUCAGGAGAACCUUUGAGUGUGUCAUCCUGAGCUUUCACUGUAUUUUAACUUUACAGACCAAAAUGUUAUUAAAUCAUAGAAAACACAAAACACAGAUUAGAAAAAAAUAAUUUGUUCAUAGCAGCCCAAAAAUACACCUAGAAGCAGUUUUUUUUAAUUUAAUGGAGGGACAUAUACGAAAAAAUAAAAAUUCUGAAAUUAUAGUCGAAAUUUCGAGAUCAAAGUUUUUUAAAUUUCGACUUUUAUCCUGAAAUGGAAAUUAAAAAAAAUCUCCCUCCUGUAAUUAUUUUUUUCUCUUUUUGUGGCCCUAACCCUCUUUUGUAGAACAGAGUUCCCACCCCAUAAAGUGGAGAAAUAAAUAUUAAUAAUAUUAUAUAUAUUUAAAAAUUAUUAUUACUAUUAUUUCUGACUGUAAUCUCAGAAUUUUGACUUUUUUUCUCAGAGUUCUGUUUUUAAUCUCAGAUAAUUAAUUUUAAAAAUUAUAUUGGACUUCUUUUUCUCCCAGUGGCCCUAAUCCUCUUCUGUAGACCUGUCAUAAUUUUUCCUUCAAGGACACUUUCCUGGUCAAAGCUGUGCGUUUAUCCCUUUUGUGUUUCUUUCCCACCUUGAUUCACACUCUCAGUGGAAGGUGCGACGCACGCUGGCUUUCUCCAUCCACGAGCUGGCAGUCAUCCUGGGAGACCAGCUGACGGCGGCGGAUCUGGUGCCCAUCUUUAACGGUUUCCUCAAAGAUCUGGAUGAGGUGCGGAUCGGGGUGCUCAAACACCUCUACGACUUCCUCAAGGUGAGAAAGUACAAACUGUUCUCGUUUUCUCGUUUCUAUUUUAGAUAUAUCAGGAAUGUUCUCUUUGUAAAGAACGAAAAACUGUUUUUGAGGAUGUUUUAAACUGUUAGAGUACAAAAUGAAAGAGUGUAUUAAUCCGCGUUUUUCUCCUUUCAGCUGCUUCAUGCAGACAAGAGGAGAGAAUAUUUGUACCAGCUGCAGGAGUUCAUGGUGACGGAUAACAGCCGCAACUGGAGAUUCAGAUAUGAGUUGGCAGAGUACGUCUCCUUUCCCUCUUCCAGUUCUGAACUAAUUUCUCUCAGUUUUAACAAAAACACGGAGUCGAACCGUCUUUCAAUGACUUCUUUCUCUCUCCGUCCGUCUGCAGGCAGCUGAUCCUAAUCAUAGAGUUGUACAGCCACUAUGACGUGUAUGACUACCUCAGACAAAUAGCGCUCACACUCUGCUCUGACAAAGUGUCAGAGGUCAGGUGGAUCUCCUACAAACUGGUACGUGUGUCUAUUGUUCGUUUGGUUUUUUUUGAUUGGUUAGAGAACAUCUGGUGUAGAAAAACUGGCCAAAACUCGGGACAUUGUUUGGUCAGCAAAAAUACUGGAAAAAUUGAGAUAAACGGGGAAGUGACUCACUCUGACGAAUUAUAUUCAGUUUGUUUUAUAUGUCCGUAAUUAAGUCCAGUUAAAAGAAACCUCUUCUGACCUCUUGUGGUUUCAGGUUGUAGAGAUCCUCCAGAAGCUGUAUGCAUGUGGGGCCGAUGAUCUGGGCCUGAACUUUAUCAAUGAACUCACCGUCAGGUUCUGCCACUGUCCUAAAUGGGUGGGACGGCAGGCCUUCGCCUUCAUCUGCCAGGUCUGUACCUCUUAUCGUAUUAUCUGUCCUGCCUGUUAGAUUUCUGCUCUGAGUGUCUGGGACAACAGGAGUGAAACAUGAGUGUGUGUGUGGGCGGGACACUCAUGUUAAACACACACUUUUUAUGCUUUUUUCUUUCACUGCUUUAAAGAAAAACGUUUCAUUUUUAAAAUUCUGAUUAAAAUGAUCAUCAGUGAAAGUGAAGAACUAUUUUACCACACGGAUACUAAUGAAACCGUGAUGCUGUGUGACCUCCAUGUGAGUCAUAUUCUUUGUCAGCUAUGUCCCGUCAGUCGUAAACUUUAGUUCCUGAUCCAGUUUGUCAACUUCCCUGAUGACACACUCUGAAUCUGUCGCAUCUGUCUGCCGGCUCGUGUUACAAAGCCUCUCUCCCUCUUUCCUGCGGUCGGCUCGUACUCUGUGUGACUCGGUGUUUUAAUGUUUCCUCCUAUUGUCUGCAGGCCAUAGUGGAGGAAGACUGUAUGCCCAUGGAGCAGUUCAGUCAGCACCUCUUACCCAGCCUGCUCAGCCUCUCCUCAGACCCCGUGGCGAACGUUCGAGUGCUGGUGGCCAAGGCUCUACGACAGAGCGUCAUGGAGAAAGGUGAAGAACAAGUGUUUGAUGAGAACCUCUCGAAACAGUCAAUCAUAAACGCAGCGAUGCUCUGUGGUCUGUUCGUACUUUACCUUAUGAAACAAGACCUCUUUGUCUCUUAAAGCAGUUUAGAAUUUUUCAGAUGAAUAUUUCCCAAACAGAAAUCAUCUCUGCAUGGUGAUGUUUUUUUUUACUGCAGCAAAUAUGAAACCAACUCUUAAUAACCUACACAAGAGGAGAAGUGAUUCUCCCAGUCAUCCAGAACCUCAUCCUUUAAGGUUGACUCUUUAGAUUUAGAUUUUUCAGGUGGAAGUUUUCAGUUCUGACUUUUUGAUUUUGAAAGGACAGCAGUGUCAUGUAUCAAUGGUUUGUGCUGAGAAUGUUCUCCAGAGUAACGUCUGUUCGCUGACAGAUAACAACUCAGAUGUGUUGUUGCAAUGGAAAAAAAAGUAUGUGUACGAUUUGAGGGGUGCUGUGUUUUUGGUAUGGUCUAAAAACAGCUGCUAACUGUGACGUCUCCGUCUCAUACAUGCUGUAUUUUUAAAACAGAUAGGCCACAUAAAUGAAACAGAACUGAAUUAGAUCGGUGCUUUAUUGAUCAGUUAAGAUAACUUAAAUUCUCCUUGAUGUGAGAUGGUGACAGAUGCGCAGAUAAAGUGGAAACAUGUAGGAAUAAAAUACACAAAUAAAAUAAAGUGAGUAAACAGAAGUUGGAGCAGAUAAGGCAAGGGAGCAGAAAAUUAAGUUUUUAAUGUCAAAAUUUCCCACAAACCCACUGAUCUUCUUUGCCUGGAGCAAUAGUUAAAGCAGCUGAACAGAGUUUUCAUUUUCUGUUGAUUUUGGCGGCCACUAUGGACAAAAGUGGAAGUGUUUUAGGGCAUAUUGUCGUAAAGGCAACUUAACUUUAAAAUGGGAAACCAGUCUGGGUGAGUGACAGUGUAGUGUAGUGACAGUAAUUUGCGUGUUUUCAGUGCAAAAUAAAGAGAAAAAAUCUUGCGUGUCGUCUUUGGUCUGACUGCCAUAAAUAGUUUCAUUUGUGGUCCCGACCCAGCUCAGUUUUUAGUACUUAGAAAUAUCUCAUCUUCACACAGACGGACUCAUUCGCUGUUGCAGGUGACAUGGAGACAUCAGCAGAAACAAGAAUUUUUUUUAAAUCGAGUUAAAAGAUCCUUACAGGAAGUUUAAAGUAAAGCCGAUUAUUGAGGAGAAAGAGCUAAAGCAGCUCAUCUUGUUUGCUAUUUAUCGGUGUGGUUUCCUGUUUUAUUGUCAUCUGCUGAACCUCUCACCACGACAGUGUUGUGCCUGUUUGCUCUCAUUUAGUCUUAAAGUCUGUCCAUUUUUUUAACCAACUAAACUAUCAAUGUUCCCUGUGUUUUUUUUAAUUUGUGAAAAUUUUCCAAAGCACAUUACUGAAAAAACCUCAAACAGAGCUUCAAUUGUAGCUACUGCCCCCUACUGGCCCUUGUACCGGAUUAUGAAUACAUUACUGUGCAGAGGAAAUAGAGGAAUCCUGAUUGUACCGUUAAAUUUACUCAUUUGUAUCAGUGUAAAUGAUACAAAUGCUUAAUGUUCUUUUAGUUAAUAUAAAAAAUCUCUCCUCCUUGAACAACCAUUUCAGAGUGUUUUGAUUCUCCACAGGUUUAAUCAAAAGUAUUUCUGCUGUAUCAGAGCUCAUCCUGAAGACUCUGUUACUCUUUGAUUUUCCGGUUGUUUUCUGCUGUGACUGACCGUAACUGACCGUGUCUUGUGUUUUUUUUCCUCAGCGUACUUCAAAGAGCCGGGCUGUGCCUACUCAGACGAGUUAGAAGAGACCGUGAUGGCUUUGCAGUCCGACAAAGACCGGGACGUUCGCUUCUUCGCCAGCCUGGACCCCAACAAAGGCCUGAUGGAAACAGCUCCCUUGAUUUAGCCUCAGCUGAACCUGAACCCUCUUACAGCCCACCUGCCUGUCUACCUACCUGUCUGUCUGACCGACGCACAGUCAGCAAAACCUGCAACACCAGCACCCGACCAGAUCCUCCCCUCCCUCUCCCCCAACCACUCGCCUGCUGGGCAGACCUGCACCAACCACCCCUCAAGAAUCAUGUCAGAUGUUCCGAUCCGGGUUUUUCAGUCUGAGCACGCUCAAAAACAACACAACACGGUCUCUGGUUGGGCUCGACAAAGCGCACAUUCACGACACAAAAUGCAAACCUGUCCGAGUUUUUUCAGAAAAUGAGCAGGACUCAGAAGUUCUCUUUUACGCCUGAACUGUCUCCCCUCUUCCCUCCUUCCUCCACACUAACAUCAACUGAACCCUCCCCUCAUCACAGACUUGUAAAAACGACGACAGGCUCUUUUUUCUCUCUCUCUUUCUCCAAAGCUAAUUGUAAGCUUGAUUAUGAAAUUGAUUUUUUUUUUUUUUCUUAAUGCUUCUUUUUGUGGAUUUCUUAACGAACAAGCGGGCUCGGCCUGCCUGACUCUGACGUGUGCACUAACUCAGGGGGACUCAUCUGAACCUAAACAGCAUUAUUAGCUUACAGCAGCAGCAGCAGCAGCUCCUCUCUCCCAGUUGAUACGAACUCUCCGGCUGUCUGAGCGACACACCAGCGAAACCAAGUAGCUCUGCUGGUCUCUGUCGCCUCACUCUCCUCUUUAACGCCUCUUUUGUCUUCUGAGAUGUCCUCUGGGUGAUCGUCUGUUCCUCCCCUCCUCCUCACUCUUUUUCUCUGUAUUUCUCCACCCGGUCUUCAUGGGCCAACGAAACCACUACUACUGCACAGAAGGAAACGUGAUUCUGCCACUCAGCCUAACUCUUGAUUCAAUUCAUAUCUUGGAGGUUUUUUUUAAGAGAACACCUAAAUAAACUGUUUCUUCCCUCGCCCCCUCCUGUGUCUGUUUACCAAAAAUGUGACACAACACGUCUCCCAAACAGCAGGAGACGACUGAAAUACCUCUGUGUGGACAUGACUGGCCAGUGUGACGUGUACAUGGGGGGACAUCUGCGGUCCAAACUGGCUCUGAGUGUCCUCGAUGGGUGAUUCUUUCUGAGCGAUUCUGUGGCUGAAACAUCUUAACAAGGGCUCAUGAUGAAGUGACACAGGGUGAAUCUGAGAAAGAAGAGGAAGAAAGCAAGCACACUGUUGGAAAUAUGCAUGUUUCCUCCUCCCCUCCUCCUCCUCCUCCUCCUCUCUUGUGUAUAGUCUAAUUCCUCGAGGUCAACCUCCUGAUGUUGAAUUAUGUGACCAUGGUAGCUUUCAGUGGAUCUGACUGACCAGUUGUACAGUAGGAUAUAGGAAUGGCUGUGUAACGACACUGAAAGCCGACUGAUCGUUGUUUCCCUGUCUUGGUGGAAUGAAUUUUAAGUAUGAGGUUUCUCAAAACUCUUUGUACAGCUUAAACCUGUGGAAAAAACAGUGUGUGUCUAUGGAACCAAGGCCAGUUUAGUCGAGAUGUGUGUGAAUAUUGGGAGCAGCCACCAAGUCACUUUUUGUAGUCUCUUGAUCUUGUUGGUUUUCUUCUGUUGUAAAUCCACACACCCCUCCCUCUCUCUCUCUAUUUUCUUUUUUUUUCCGUUGAACAUUGACAUAACUUGAGACCUGAAGCUGAUUGUGGUGUGUGCUGUGCAUCUCAAGUCUUUCUUCCUUCGAAAGGAGAGCUCACUGCGGUAAUGGCGGUGUCCACUCAUCUCGUCUGUCUGCGAUUUUGUGUCCAUCUCAUUUUUUAUGUAGUAGAACAGUUAAUAUAUACAUUUUAUGAAAUUUAUUUUUCUUUUCAAUUAUGCACCACUGUUCAAAGAUUUUAUAUCCUAACUUUACAAAAUUUACAACCUUUGUAAUAUUCAAUGGUUUCUUUUAAAAAGACAUUUUAUGUAAUGUUAUUUUUAGUAUUCUGUAAUUAAAAUGAGGAAAAUUAA